AUGAAGCUCUUCGAUCAAUGUCUUCUUCUGGCAGCUGGCGUGUCUGAAGCUCUUGCUAGUCCAGUUGCUUCGAUGGCCGCCCAAACUACGAAGAACCUUAUUGUUUUUGGAGAUUCAUAUUCAACCGUGGGGUUCUGGCCUGGAGGACAACUGCCAUCAGCUUCCAGCCACAUCGGGAACCCCGGACUACCAGGGCAGACGACUUCUGCUGGUCUCAACUGGGUCGGCCAUGUCACGUCAACUCUCAACACAUCAUCGAUCCUCACAUACGACUUUGCUUAUAGCGGAGCGACUGUCGACAAGAAGAUCGUCAACUCAUGGGCACAGUACUCGAUGUCGGAGCAGGUAGACCUCUAUAAGCAAUAUGUGGCGCCUAAGAUUACAAAAGCUGACAGUCUCGUCGCCUUCUGGAUUGGUAUCAACGACGUGGGUGAGGCGUUUUGGAGCAAGAAGAGUGCUCUUGUUACAGAAUGCGUGAACAGAUAUUUUGAGCUCCUGCAGGUUCUUGUCAACGAUGGCUACAGCAAAUUCGUCUUACUGAGUAUCCCUGAUCAGUUCCCCAAGAUAAUAGGUCAGCCGGAAGUUGAUCUGGCUCGCCUAAGAUCUGACAUCAUUUCCUACAACAACGCAGUCAAAUCCAAGGCAGCUAGUUUCAUAUCCUCUCACCCAAAUGUCAAAAUUCAGAUCUUCGAUACGAAGCCCUCAUUUGACCAGGUUGUCAGUAAUUAUGCGGCAUACGGUGCCAAGGAUGCUACUUGCUUCGGCGCAAGUAACUGUCUUUGGGCAGAUGACUACCAUGCCAGCGGUGCUAUCCACAAGCUAUUAGCCCAGAACUUGGUGAAGGCAGUUAAAGGACUUUUUGUGUUUUAG